AUGUUUGUUCCCGACCAGAACCAGCUCCACGCGCUGUACAUGUUCCGCUGCGGGGAGCUGCGGGUGGGGAAGCCGAAUAGGGAGAUGCUCGUCCUGCUGGCGGAGGACGACCGGGCGUGUCUGUCGCGUUUGCGGGCCGAGGCGCGUGCGCGGGGCGUGUCCAUCGACGAACUGCGGACGAUCGAGGACGACGCGGCGGAGUCGCGGCAGAGGCGGGAGGCGACGGUGCCGCUCGCCAUGCGCCGCGUGUUGCGCCUCGCCCCUGUCGUCGGCGCCGUGGACGCGCGGGUGCACGUGGGGGCACGUGGGGCGCUGGCGAUUGUGGACGUGGCGCGCGAGCUGCCUUUGCUGGAGGUCCUCGACCUCUCCAACCUCACCGCGCUCUUCCUCGCCGACCCCUACCAGCGCGGGGGCGUCGCGGGGAACGACGUCGUCGAGGCGGUGUGCCGCAUGGCGGCCACGCACCCCUCGCUCCGCGUCGUCGAUGUGAGGGGGCAACCCGUCGGCACCGUCGCCGCCCACCACUUCCUGGAGCUCCUGCGGCGCAACCGGCGCAUCCACGAGGUGCACUUCGAUCGCGACGCCGUCGACCACCGGCUGGUGGCGUGCAUUGAGCGGGAGAUGCGGCACAACGCCGCGGUGCCGCGGGCCCCGCCGGUGCUGCCCCGCGCCCCACCCGACAGCAUCAAGCGGCUUCCCAUCUAUGACAGGAAGACCGUGCAGGAGCAGCAGCUGCUCCGGCGGCUCGUAGAAGCCGAGGCCGGCUUGGGCGACGUCAUGUCCUCGGCCGAGGUGAGCGAGGCGGUGCUGUACGCCCGCACCAUGUCGACAACGGAGGUCGUCACGCGUUCUAGCGGUCUGCGCGGGGACGGGGUGCAUCUAUUCCUUCUGAAGUCCGGCGCUUUGCGCGCGAAAGCCGGCCCGCGCGGGUUUGCGCUAAGGCGUGGCGACUACUUUGGAGAAACGUACGACGAUGUGUUAUUUCCGCAGGGCCUGUUGGAGGAGGCGGAGCGGGGGGUUGUGUACUGCAUGCCGCUCGAGCACUGCCGCCCCCUCUGCGGGGCCUGGGCGGCGCGGGUUGAGGCGCAUUACCCGCUGCUGCGCAGUAGCGCGUUGCUGCAGGCCUUGGACGUCUGGACGCGGCUUCGGCUGUGCUGCUGUGCCACCCGGCGCGUGUUUCCCCGGGGUGAGGUGGUGAUCGCCCCGGGCGACCCGUUUAAAGGCCUCUUUCUCGUGACGUCUGGUGUCUUUGGGGUGCGCGGCCCCGCCGCGAGGGCCGCCGUGGCGCAGGAAUUCACAGUUGGCGACGUCUUUGGCGAGGAGGCAUUUGUGGCGCGUCGCCAGUGCAGUUCGGUGGCAAUCGUCACGGGGAAUGCGGCGGAGACGAGCAGUUGCCUGGUCGUCGAGGGGUGCGCCGCGCGCGUGCUGCGAAGCCACUUGCUGCCCGUGCUGACCACUCUCGCCGCCGCGUACUCGCAACACGAAGAUCUGCUGCCCGUCCGGAAGUGA